AUGAGUGUUCUAAGUGAUCCACAAAAGAGAGCAAUCUAUGAUCAGUAUGGUGAAGAAGGACUAAAAGGGCAAGUGCCACCACCAGAUGCUGGAGGACCUGGUGGGACAACAUUUUUCUCAACAGGAGAUGAACCAAAUGUGUUUACAUUCAGUCCUAGAAACGCCAAUGAUAUUUUUGCUGAAUUUUUUGGGUCUUCAAGCCCAUUUGGAGGAAUGCCUUUUGGAGGAAUGGGAGGGGGUAGUGGCAUGAGGGGAAAUUCAAGGUUUUCCGGUGGAAUGUUUGAGGAUGGUAUGUUCAGUUCAUUUGGGGAUGGCAGACCAAUGAGUUCAGGUCCUGUGUAAGAAAGGGAAACUUAGAUUGAACUUUGUUCCCCAAGUGUUCGAUGAAUUGUCUAUGUAAAAGUUGCUCUGUUUUGGACAUUUGACAUGCUGCCCACGGUGAAGCUGGUUUUGUUAUGUUGGAAGACAUUGAGUUACUGCCUCUUAGAAGGAUUGAAUUGCAAAUUGUACACUUGUUUUGGAACUCAUUCAAUUUUGUAAAUCUUAAAACAAUGAAAAAGAAAAGAUUACAAUUUUGCAGUGAUACUUGAAACAUGUUCGAUGAUAUUCCAAAUAGAAAAUAGAG